AUGGAGGUGUGCCCAGAAAAACCUGAUAAAGAUGCUAUAGAUGAUCAGGUUAAGGCCUAUGAUAAAUACGUUAAGGCUGAUGAGAUGACAGAUGAACUUAGAGAGCAAAAUCGUGCGGCUAAGCAGACAUCUAUCAAAGCCCAUUUGAAUACCAAGAUGGCUGACGGAUCAUCAAUUAGGGAUCAUGUUCUGAAAAUGAUCCCUCUUCUGAAUGAACUGGAGGUCCUUGGAGCUGUGAUUGAUAAGGAAUCUCAAGUUUACUACAAACUCUGCCUGCUGCAAGCGGCAAGCAAUCUUGUGACACUGAAAUUUGAGAAAGCUUCAAUUUCUAAGCCGAAAGGAGAUAAGAAAAAAAAAAAGAAGGCUCAUAAGGUUUUGGCACCUGGAGGUGCGACUGCUAGUAUGAAAAAGCCUAAAGGAAAGUGUUAUCACUGCAACCAACCUGGGCAUCACAAAAAGCAAUGCCCUGCUAAUUUGGCAAAGUUGAAUAAGUAA